GGGACGGCGCCCGCGGGGUGGGCGCGGUGGGGCGGCCGCGCCCUCCCGCCUCCCCAUUGUCUGGCGGCGGCGCUGCCCCCGCGGCCGGGGUCAUCGCCCGUCGGGGGCGGCGGGCUCCGGGCGGGCUCGGGGAGGCAGAGCCGUGGCAUCCCUUGGAAGCGGACUGUGCGUGCCCCCCGCCCCCGACUCGGCCCGCAGUGGGGUCAAAUCCCUCCGAGGACGAACUCCUCUCCCAAUCCUUCCUUCCUCCACCCCGUGCCGGGAGCCUGCACGGGCUUUGGUCGCCUCAGGGCGGAGGAAAAUUCUGACUUGUGAGUCAGAAAAGAGAAUCGAGAAGUUCAGUCCCGGUGCACCCAGAGGAGCCGGCGAGUUCCUGCCCGCUGUCACCGCUGGCGUUCAGGAGGACGGACGGACGGACGGACUGACAGACUGACGGCAGGCAGAGAGCCAUGAAGUUCUGGCUCCAGAGUUAUCUUGCAUCCCGUGGCGUUGCGGUGCGGGGGCGAGCAAGAAGGAGCAGUACAGUGAUGCGCAGCACUGGAAACCAACACCAACUUCAAUAAAUCAUGUAAUGGAGGCAGUUCUGGAUUUCUGAAAGGGCUCAGAAUAUCUGCAGUAGUGAAUGUUACCUGGUGGUGGAUGUGGACUUUAAAACAGUGUGUCUCAACAUCUCAUCCUCAACUAUUUUUAAUCUGAUUGCACUACGAAAGAAAAGCUGCUAAUGGGAUAAAUGUUGAGACUUUACAAGAACUGACUUGAAGUACCGAAAGCCAUUAUUUUAUUAUUACUAUUAUUAAUCAAGAAGAGCUUGAAGCUAAGUCUGUAUCUGACCAGUCGUUAUAAUUUUCACAGUAACAGUCAUGGCAAGUAAACGAAAAUCAACAACACCCUGCAUGGUCUUAGCCAAUGAGCAGGAUCCAGAUCUGGAAAUGGUGUCAGACUUGGAGGAAGGACCACCUGUGCUCACACCAGCAGAUAACCCUACAGCAGAGGGUGUAACAAGUGAUGAGGAUGUUCAUGAGUAUGCGGAUUCAGACAAUAAGAAAAACACAAAUAAAGUAGAAGGUGGUUAUGAGUGUAAAUACUGUACUUUUCAGACUCCAGAUCUCAAUAUGUUUACUUUUCACGUGGAUUCAGAACACCCCAACGUAGUAUUGAAUUCAUCCUAUGUUUGUUUAGAAUGUAAUUUCCUUACCAAAAGAUACGAUGCCCUCUCAGAACAUAAUUUGAAGCACCACCCUGGAGAGGAGAAUUUUAAGUUGACUAUGGUGAAACGUAAUAACCAGACAAUCUUUGAACAGACAGUAAAUGAUCUCACUUUUGAUGGGAGUUUUGUUAGAGAAGAAAAUGCUGGACAGGCUGACUCUUCUGAGGUCCCCUCAUCAGGGAUCUCCAUUAGCAAAACUCCUAUCAUGAAAAUGAUGAAAAGCAAACCUGAGGCUAAACGUAUUGCUGUUUUCCACAAUGUUGUUGAUGACAUUCCUGGUGAAGAAAAGGGAACUGAAAAUGAGCCAAACUCUGAAGAAGUAGUAGAAAACCCCCCACCGGCAGUUUCUGAAUCCAAACCAAACCAUUCAGUUGUGUGCAGUGCAGCAGAUGUGGCUGGGGCAGUAGUGACCCCGGCACCAGUGCUUCAGCCUGGGGUGGCACAGGUUAUAACAGCUGUUACAGCUCCACAGAACUCAAACCUGAUUCCCAAAGUACUAAUACCUGUAAAUAGCAUUCCAGCCUAUAACACUGCUUUGGAUAACAAUCCUCUUUUGCUUAACACCUACAACAAAUUCCCGUAUCCAACCAUGUCAGAAAUCACUGUUCUUUCCUCUCAAGCGAAGUACACGGAAGAGCAGAUCAAAAUAUGGUUUUCUGCUCAGCGUCUGAAACACGGGGUGAGUUGGACGCCAGAGGAGGUGGAGGAAGCAAGGAGGAAACAAUUUAAUGGCACAGUGCAUACUGUGCCACAGACAAUUACCGUUAUCCCAGCACACAUUUCAGCCGCUAGCAAUGGUUUACCUUCAAUUUUGCAGACAUGCCAAAUAGUUGGUCAGCCAGGACUUGUUCUCACUCAAGUUGCAGGUACAAAUACGUUACCAGUAACAGCUCCUAUAGCUUUGACUGUAGCAGGGGUCCCAAACCAAACACAGUUACAGAAGAGUCAGAUUCACAGUGGUCAGCCUGUUGCAGAAACCAAACAAGCAGCUGCCAUUCCAGCCCCUCAGCCUAUCAAAAAUGAAUCCACACUGAUGAAUCCUGACUCCUUUGGCAUCCGAGCAAAAAAAACUAAGGAACAACUGGCAGAAUUGAAAGUCAGCUACCUUAAAAACCAGUUUCCUCAAGACUCAGAAAUUGUUAGACUUAUGAAAAUAACAGGCCUCACUAAAGGAGAGAUCAAAAAGUGGUUCAGUGAUACACGCUACAAUCAGAGAAACUCAAAGAAUAAUCAUGGGAUUCAUCUCAACAGUGAUUCAUGUGCCACCAUUGUUAUUGAUUCAAGUGAUGAAAUGAAUGAAUCUCCAACAGGAGUCACUCCACAGAGCAAGCCAUCUUGGGGUACUUUUCCUGAUUUUACUCCACAGAAAUUCAAAGAGAAGACUUCUGAACAGCUGCAAGUCCUCCAAGCAAGUUUUCUUAAUAACCCUGUCCUUACUGAAGAAGAGAUGAAUAGAUUAAGAGCCCAAACAAAACUGACCAGGAGAGAGAUUGAUGCCUGGUUUACAGAAAAAAGGAAAUCAAAUGUCUUGAAGGAAGAGGGAGCUGACAUGAAUGAAAGCAAUGCUGGCAGCUCAAAAGAGGAGUCUGGAGAAACAUCUGUGGGAGAUGGAGCAGCAGGAACAAAAUCAGGGUGUUCUACUUCAAGCAAAAUCGGCAAAAAGUCACCAGAGCAGUUGCACAUGCUCAAAAGUUCCUUUGUCCGUACUCAGUGGCCAUCUCCACAAGAAUACAACAAGCUGGCAGAAGAAACUGGGCUUCCAAGAUCAGAAAUUGUGAGCUGGUUUGGAGAUACUCGCUAUGCCUGGAAAAAUGGUGGAUUGAAAUGGUACUACUAUUACCAGAGUGCCAGUGCAAACAGUCUGAAUGGCCAAGGCUUUGCAAGGAAGAGAGGGAGAGGAAGACCAAAAGGGAGGGGGAGAGGGAGGCCUCGGGGGAGGCCUCGGGGAAGCAAGAGGUUAAAUUGCUGGGACAGAGGUGUAUCUGUCAUAAAAUUUAAAACUGGAACAGCAAUCCUGAAGGACUAUUAUAUGAAGCACAAAUUCCUUAAUGAGCAAGACCUUGAUGAACUGGUAGCCAAAUCUCACAUGGGAUAUGAGCAAGUCAGAGAAUGGUUUGCAGAAAGGCAGAGAAGAUUAGAACUUGGAAUAGAGCUGUUUGAUGAGAAUGAGGAAGAAGAUGAAAUGCUGGAUGAUCAGGAGGAUGAGGAAGAAACAGAUGAUAGUGAUACUUGGGAACCCCCCAGACAUGUUAAACGUAAACUUUCAAAAACAGACUGAUGUACAAUUUGGAAUUUGGGGGCCAAAAACCUAUGAAUUAGGUUUGAUGUUAUGGUGAAGAGCCAAAUGAUUUUUCAUGGCCUUCAGUUUAGCAAGCAGCUGCUCAGCAUCUUCCUUCCACCUAAGAGUACAUGGGCAAGAUGCUACCUGUGCAGGCAAGAACUGUUUGCUUUGUUGCUACAAGAGAUGAACAUCCUCAGGCCUGGCCUGGGACAGGGGGUUACAAAUCAGAUCAAGUUCAGCUCCUCCUUUUCCACACUACGAUGGGAACGUUCAUGUUCAUCAUACACGUGACUGCUUCUCAGUAUUUAAUUGCCUUAUGUUGUUUAAUUCCAAAAAAACCACAGACACUUUUUAUGUUGUUGCUGUAAGUGAACAUUGCCUGCUUGUGAAGGAGGAAAACAAAAACAUUAGAUGUCUUUUUGCAAACAUCACUUCAUCUGAAAGGUUUCAAGGCUUGAGUUUAUUUCUUAAGGAAAGCAUUGAAAACAAAAGAGAAGGGGAAAAGUGUGACAAAAGGAACCAAUGAACCUAGGGGUGAGGAUUGAUUGGUUUCAGAAAAUAAGGUGAUAUCUGCACCUUUUGCAUAUCUUCAGAGUGUUUUGGGUUUACAGAACUUGGACUGAAGUGUUCCUUGUUGAUAAUUAUGAGCUAACUGAAUGAGUCUGAUGCUAGAAGAUGCUUUUUGUUACAGUCAGUGUAUCCCACAUCAAUCUAAUUUAAAUGCCUGACAGACUUGAUGCAGUUAAUAGUAACACUCACUUCUACCUUGUGCAUUCUUUCCUUUGUUGUAAAUGGUAAAAGAAGUAUCUAUAUUUAAAAAAAAAAGAGAGAAAUUUCUUGAAAUCUGACACUGAGUUUUAACGUUAACAGAAGACAAAAACUGCCUAAAAGUUGUUCAGAGUUGCCUAGGGGUUUGUAAGAAUACACAGAUACAGAGAUGAAAAACAUCUUUUGGUACUAGUAAGAAAGGUUUUUAAGUAAAUUGCGGCAAUGACAUGGUGUAUAAUUCACAAACAAAAUGAAGUUAUAUGACUUUUAGAUGCUUAGUAAUUACAAACACGUGAGUGUUGAAUUGUUCUUCAGUGAUAGCCCAGUUGAGUGAUUUGUGUGCAGGUUUAACUGUAAAACAUCCUGAUUGAACUCAGCACUGUGCUGAUUGCUCACAGGACUGCUGGGUGAACACACCUAUUUCUGGAGGUGGUUUGAUCUACCUGAACUGGACUCCAGAAGUAGUUUAAUCUGAUAUAAAACAUUCCCAUCUUAAAUAAGUGUAUAUAAAAUAGAAAAAAAAAAAAAAAAAGCUAUUUGGUCUCAAUACUGUGAAGUUAUAAUGCAGUUUGAAUUAGCAACUUAAAGCAAUGGGCCAAAUUCCCACAAAUUUAGUUGAGGCAGUUGUUUGGCAUUCUAGAGAACUGUUACUCUGAGGAAGAGUAGUUUGUAUUUUUGCUACUGCCAGACUGCAUUUUUAGGGAUAAGUUACUUUAUAUUUAGAUGUCAAAAGAUGGCGAUGAAUUGGUGCUGCUGUCACCAGCACUGUCUGCUUUUACAUUGGCGCUAAUGGAUACUAGCAAUCUCCUUUUGCACAUCUGACAGCAUCUUCUCUGUAGGCUUCUGCAUCUGAUGACUAAUGAGGACAGAUUAGUGCAGAGAAAAUGAGACCUAAUGUCUCCCCAUCUCCAAGAACCUAUGCUAGGAUUUUAGAAUUAGUCUUUCUUCUGGACUGUGAUAACUCAAGAAAACCAAGGAAGUCCUUUUAGUCAUGAUUUUGUGAAGCAGAGGAGUCCAUGCUGGAUCUGGGUUUCAUAUCUGAUUGUGGGUGAAGCCCAGGCUAAAGUAAGAAAGGGAGUAAUGUCUGACAAAAAAUAUUGUUAACUUCCCAGACCUUCCUCUCUGGACUCUUGUAGCUGCCCUUCUACUCACAGAUUGAAUAAGCUCUCUGGGCUCCAGGAGGAUGUUUCAUAGGAAAGCCAUUUACUGGGUUACCUCUUCUGACUGUUUUAAGAUUAUUGGGGAGAAAAAGGCAAUAGCUUAUGGUGUAUGUCAUGAAUUUGAUGAUGAAACUAUUCCCUGGCUUCCAAGUGUCAAGUUGGUGAGACAUAAAGUGGCCAGCAUUACUAGGGAGGAAUAGCCAAGAAUCCCUCAUUUUAACUUUGGAGUGGGGCAGAAGCAACCCCAUGUUGUCAGCAUAUUUCACAGGAGUGUUUAUGACUCUGCAUGUGAGGUGGUACAAAGAGAUCAAGAUCUGGCCUUUUCAGCAUGGGGUUGGGAGGGAUUCUCAUUUGUGUGGUAACAGUGUGGAUGGUGGUAAUAGUGUGCUGUUGCAGAUGCCAGCAGGUACAAGAAAGACUCAUGCUAGCUUCAAGCUCUGUUGGGAAUACAGGGUCAAAAAUCUGUGCUUGCUGAGUAGGAAAGAACAAAGCUAGAAGGAAAAGAUGCUAUUUUUAAGUUUCCAAAAAUAUUAAACCAAAUCCUUGGGAAUAUGCCUCUAGCAAGCAAAAUCUGGAGUUGCCUUAAUCCUUGAAGUUGACCCAGAAUUAAUUUUCUUUAAAAAAAACCCAAAACAACCAAGCAGCUUGUCCAAAUAAAUAUCUCCAUUUUUGUUAACAGAGCCUUAUUUAGGUUAGCUAGGAAUUCUGUCUUUAAAAAAUGGGGGAAAAUACAAAGAUCGAAGUUAAUUAUGUGAUUGAACUGGGAUAUUUUCCACUUUGGCAGUGUUCUAUUAAAUAACACUCAGCUACAAAGGUAGGCCUUAGCACAUCUUGUCUGAAAAACACAGGAAGAGGAAAUACAUUGUUUAUCAGACUAAAUAUAGUUGGAUUGGAGGUCUUCUUUCAGUAGAAUGGUCAGAGACAGUGACUGAUGCAUACUGGGCCAGAUUUUCGGUUGUUGUAAAUAUUAGAGUUACAUGUAUUCCACUGGUUAUACCAGUAUUUACGGCCCAAUUAGAAAAUUAUCUCUUUGCAGGAUAUAAAAUUUAAACUAAACCAUGUGCUAAUGAGAGAUCAGCUAAUGAGAGAUGCGGAGUCUACACAUAGCAUGUUGGGCUACGUGCACAUUUUAAGCCCUUCAGUUGUGCCAAGGAUGAGGAAAAUCUGGGUAGGUUCAGCCUGAAGACAGAAGUUGUAUGCAUUCAUUAUUGCCCAUAGUCUGACAGUUACUUCUGUUUGAAGAGUCCAUUAAUUACCAGUGUGUUUCAUGUUUACAGCAUAUGUACAUUUGCACUGUGUACUGGCAGAGAGGCAAAUUCCCUCCAGAGGCUUCCUGUGUCAGGACUGACAGGGGAAGCAUUGGAAAGUGCUAUGGUCAGUUGUACCUCUGAUUUGUGGUCAUGGCUGGUGGGAACUCAAAGCUGCUGGUAACACUGGUUUAGCCCAGAUUCAUCUCAGCCACCCUUAGGCUGCUGUGGGCACUGCACAGUCACUGAGAAAAACAGAGAUGGCCUGGUGAGUGAAAGGAUGUGGCACCUUCUCAUUCUACCAGUCACAUCCAGGAAACUCCCUGAACUUAAGCACAUCAGCAAGUGUCUUAAUUUAUUAUGAUUCCAAGCACCUCUGUGCUUAUCAGCAGUGCACCCCUGCAAGCCUGGGUCCCUCUUACAACUUAUGCACACUUCCAAGGUGUUUUGGAAGCCAUUUGGACUGAGUUAUGCUGGCAGUGGGAAAGGAAGGGGAAAGAAAAUACAUCUGCCCAGGAGUGAAUGUCCACGUGACUGUUGAUUUUCCUGCAUGGGAAGGACUGUGUCUAGAUGAACCUGUGGUAUGUUUUCUGCAUUUCUGUGGAGCUUCACCGCUUAGGUUUGAGCUCAUUAUGGGCCAGGCUUCAGUGAUUGUCACUGACACUGAGACAAAGAAACUGAUCAUGCUUAGAUCUUACCUCUGGGUGGCUGGUUUCUCAGUCUUCGUUGGGACCACUACAUCAGAAUUCAGUUGUGAAUAUCAGUUCCUUUAGAGCUAAGCUAGUGCAUUUCUCUUCAUCUACUGUUUCUGCCAGGACUACCUGCUCUCAUGAUGCCAGUUGUGCUGUCUCUGGAAUUCAGCUAAAUAGAAAAUGCAGAUAAUCCUGACAGGGAAAAGAGCUAAAAGACAGGAAACAAUGUUACAACCAGGGACAACAUCCACCAUCACAGUAUUGUCCUGCUUCACAGCACGUUUCGCCCUCGCUUCUGAGUGCAGUGAGAGAGCACAGUUCCAUCUUAAACAGUGCUGUCUUCCCAGUAUCACCUCUCAGUGACCCCAAAGUUAGUGUUGGAAAAAAGAAAGUCAGGCCUAUUUUCCCCUGGAGGUUUGAAUGAACUAACAGUGCUGGCUUGUAAGAAGUGAAGGGAAAGCAGAAGGGAAAACACAGAAGUUUGAAGGCUCUGACUUUUGCUUGCCCUGCAGAAUUUACUCUUCUAGAAGUUGAUAGCAAAAUGAGUUUAACUCCUUCUGUUCUGACAGAAGGAGUAAAUUAUUACAGUCACUCCUUUUUAGCACACAGAAAUCUCUUUGUCUGAAAGCAAAGAAGAGGAAAGAUACCUACUACCUGAUUAUUAGAAUUUAAUGUAUUAUCUCUAAUACACUGUAGUAAGUGAGGCCAUGCCCUUUUUAACCUUGUCUGUUACCAUGUUGAAAACAUUACAUUAUGAACUGUAAUUCAUAAUUCAGAGUUACUGACUGUAGCUUUGAUUAUUGGAAAACUCAUGCAUUGUCCACACAUGACAUGAAAUAAUUUUCUAAUGGAUUAUUUGCUCACCUUGAACAAAAGCAGAUUUUCUUUUUCUCUCCAAGAAAUGCUUGAGGCAGGCAAAUUCACUCCCUUCCCCUCUACAGAGCAAAGAAAGGAUUUCUGGAUCCCGUACAAAGUGAGUCACGGCUGUACAUGGUCCCCAUAGGCCAGAAAGCCCAAAGAUGCAGACAUUCUCCUCCUCCGUUUUUCUCUGAAAUGAAAGCACAGCAGUAACUCUGACAGCUGAUCUCUGGCUGCUGAGUAACCAGGCUGUGGUUUAAGGUGGGGAGUGUUUUCCCUUUUGCACUUAGUGGAGUACUGUGUAUUCAGGCUGGAUGUCAGUAUUUGCUUCUGUAAAUAUGGUAGUACCGAUUUGCGUCCUCCACCUGAGUCCAAUACCUGUCUAUAUUCAUAUCUCCCAAGGAGAGAAGAUAAUCUUUAAGCUUCUGGAGUGUUAAAUAUCCCUGCCCUAACCUGAAGGCACAAAAGUAGAGUGCAAUUAAAUAUAGCUAUUUUCUUUAAUUUAUUUUUUGCUUUGAAAACAAUUUUGCUUGCAUUCAGUAGUAAUAGAGAGAUAGUAUCAGUGACCAGAGAACAGUAGAACUUUUAAGAAUUGUUUAUAAUACCUGGAAUGAUGGUGUAAAUUAAAGAUGGAAAGGGCUAGUGGAGGAUUCAGUCCCUUACACUGAACAGUGCUAGGUUAUGUCAGUAUUCUCCAUCCAGUUUGUGAUAUCCUAGGAUAAGUAGAUUUACCAAGAAGCAUGACACAAACUUAUCAGGUCAAGUUACUUGAGGUUUGCUGAUUCUGAAGGAAAAUACUUUGAAAUAAGAAUUUCAACAGAAAGUGAAAAAUCCCCUUAAUGGCUACUAACACACAAUAACUUGAAUUUCUGCAUUUUUUCCCCACUUCUAAAAAGGGAUAUUUUGAAGCACAGGUGGGUUAUAGCCAGUAUUUCCAAGUUUAAUGGAGUUCUUGGGGAUUUUUCUCUUUCUGUGGUGAAGAGCAUCUGCACCUUUUCAGUGAACAGUCAUUGCAAAACCAACUCACAGAACAUUAUAAAAUGUAGAGGGAUAACUGAGCAUUCUGUAGCACUUUCCAUUAAUUAAGGUGGGAUUUGUCUGAUGCAUGUUGAUGUCUGCACUGGGGCAAGACACUGUAGGUAGUCAGCACAGCAAGGAAUGCAAACGUGCUCGUCCUGCAUGCCUGGAGUCGCUCACAGGAACUGCACCCCAGCUCCACUGAUCUACCCUGACUUGCAGGCGGCUGCUGACACUGCAGACAUUUGACAUUACAGAGAGAGAUCUUCUGGCUGGAUUGUAGCACUGAUCUUUGUGUUGUGCUUAGCAGUGGUACUGACCUCUGCUUCCAACUUGAUGCUUGUUGGUAAAUGAGGCCUUUUUUUUUUUUUCUUCUUUUAUUUAGAGCAGGUAGCACUACAGUGGUGGAUAAAGUAACUGAUCCUUGGUUAUAAUACUGUGGCAUAAAAAUGCUUUGGGUUUUCUCAAGUAUUUUAAAGUUACUGUGUGAACAUUGGACUGUGCAUAACCUAGAAUGUGUUAGGACACAUAGUAUUUGUGUCCCAGUUGAUGAAAGUAUUUCCUUAUGCUUAUUCAAUACUAGAUACCUGUCAUGAAACUGUCCAUAAAGAAUCUGCUAGAAUGACAGAAGAGUCAAGUCCUCAUCUGUGCUAUGAAAUGAUCAACCACAAGAGCUCUGCUGUGAUUUCAGAAUCUUCCCCCCCAUCUUCCAGUUUCAGCUUACAAAAGUAUUUCCAACCCUGAAUAGUUGGCUAUCUGCAUGUAUGCUUACAGUCUGUACAGAAAUGCACUAAAAUGAGUUGCCCUACCUGGGAAGGCUUUAUAUUGUAUAGAAAAUGUGGCACUAGGUACUGCUCUUCAUGUGCACAGGAGAGUUAACAGGUGUCAGUCUCGUUUACAGAAAUGAUGGCGCUUUGCAAUUUUCUAUAAUAUAUUGCAAUAUAUUUAAAUGUCCUGUUUGACAUGUGAAAUGAAAUUAAGUUAAUGCAUUGUUAUGUAUUUGAAGUAUGAGGAAGAUGAUUCACUAACGACCAGCAAGGUUUUUAGAAAGGUGUCCAGUAUGUAGCUGUCUGUGUGAUCUGUCUGGUGUACGUGAUAUUAAAGGAAGCAACAAUACUGUCACUGUUUAGAAUGAAGAGUUUCUUUUGAAUGAUGCAAUAGCUUACAAUGUCUUUCCUUUGUAGCUGCCCAGUGUGGUGAAGGGGAAGCAAUUCUUGAAAAAUUUCAAGAUAACUGGUUAACUGUGAAUGGGCCUAAUCUUUCGUGAAACCAAGAAAAUUUUUGGACACACACAGGACUUGAAUACUCAAAAGGAUUGGAACUUAGUGUUGUGCCAAAGUUAAACUACUGCAGUUGGCAGUUCUGCACUGUAAAUAGAAGACUGAUUAAAAGACAGCUUGUAAAAAAAAAUAUCAAAUUUUAAUACAGUACGUUUUUAUUCUGAUACAUGAUGGAAACAUUCUGUUUUAAACCUUUUUUGAAGAGGCUUCAGUGACCACUAGAUUUUGUCCUCUUAUAUUUUGUUUGGCCUAAUACUAUAUGUUUUAGUAAGAUGGGCUUUAUUGCCUGUGUUCUUUGAUAUGUGAUUAAGCUUAUAGCUUUGAGUGACCAAACAUUUUACAGAGUAAAAGUUCUUAGAAACAGUAUAAUGUAACUGAUAUUUCUGUGUCUUAUUUAUCAGGCUCUGCACAAACUUGGAAAGUUGUGCUGGACUUGUACAACUCGUAUAUGGGAACGCAGCAUACUUCUGGAUAUUACAAACCUAAGCCUUUGUGGCUGUAUGGAUCUUGUCUUUGGAUUUAUUUUUGUUAUUUUUUUGAGGCAAAGAAACGAAUGGAUGCUGCUGUAAAAUAUUUGUAAUAUUGCCAUUAUUUCUUUCUGUAGCAAUUACUGCUUUUGCUUCAACAGAUAAAGAAAAUAAAUCAGAGAUAGAAAAAUCCUAAAAACGCUGGUAGAAGAAAGGAUCAUGUGAGAACUUCUGAAAAUAAACUUUGUACCAAAAAUUUGAAAACAGAAAUAAUGGAAUAAAUGUCUCCUUACUGAGUGUUUGUGGUCUAAGAGGUGGUGUGGAAACCAAGAGUCGUGUCUGUAUGAAAAUGUCACAAACCAGACCUGAAAUACCAUUUUCCCUGUUACACAAAACGGAAUUUCAUCAAUUCCUCAGAUGCACUGCAUUUGGAGAACUGCCUUGGCUGACCAGCCAGUGUGAGGUCAGCCUCACGUGUGAGUCAGUACAGCUGCUCGUUGCUGAGCUGUUCUGCCGUGUCAGCUGCUCAGGGACGUUCACGCGAUUUUUCUCAUUCGGGCAGAUGCUUUUUAUUAUGGCAUUUAAAUAUUCAGGGUGAGAAGAGUAGGGGUGAGUAGGAACCGUCUCCUUACUGAAGUCCCUGUCAGUUGGACAGGCUGCUGUAACAUGUGUCUUUUCCUGAGACAAGAAGGGUCUGAGGAAAGAGCUGCUGUUGAGCUCUGUCCUUCUCCCGGGAGCCCGAGGUGCCGUCACUCCCAGCCGCUCCCUGCCGGAGGCAGUGCCACUGUCUGGUGUGACACCCGUCUAUUCCAGCUGUUGAGCUGCAACUGGAGGAACUCGAGCCUGGGAUUUUCCUGCAGGACCUGGCAUUGUACUUACACAUGUACCCCCAG